AUGCGUCGAUCUGACACUUCUCAUCUCACAACAUGUGGUUUUCAUGAAUCACGAUUGGUGUAUGAAGGUGCAGUACUGGUAUGCGAAUGCGAAGGUUGCAUAAUAAACGUAUAUUUCCGGUAUGAAAUAUUGCAAUAUGUUAGCCAUUUGAACUUGCAUAUAGGGUUGUUUGAUGAAACAGAUCGGGACAACAAGCGAACUUACAAAUGUCGCUGGAAAGCUCGGCUUCUUCGGGAGCACUGUAGCCGGCAUGUAGUGAAUCUCAAGUGCGAACGUUGUGCUAUAAUGGUAGGAAGCCCAUCGGCGCUUCAUCGUCAUAUACUUACUGUACAUAAACAAAAACUUACACUGAAACAAAAACUUUAUCGUUGUUUGCGGAAUGAAAUUUCGUUGGCAGAAACAAAUCAUAAAUUGACAAAUCACGAUUACAGUCCUUACACACAUCUUUGCCAUGUAUGCUUUGCAAAAUAUACGAAUGGUUUCGGUCUGACUCGGCAUCUUAAAGUGAAACACAAUUUCACGAUCCCAACUGGGUUCACACGUUUUCAAUAUAAGAAAUGUGCUGACGUAGUGUUGGCAGAUACCAUAUGA